CCAAGUCACACUGCAAGAUGAUCAAGCUACAUGUACACUAAUGAAACCUGUUACAAUAGAGUCACUACCGGAUGCACCCGUUGAUAUGUGGUAUGGAUCAUCAGCCGUGACAGGAGACAAGGCAUACUUUAACAAUGGAAGUAAAACUGUUUACGAGCUCAGCAACAAUAAGUGGCACAAGUUACCACUUUGCCCUAAAAACGCUUUCACUAUCGUCAGUGUUGAUGACAUGCUCACAACUGUGGGGGGAGUGUCAGGCACACACAUCUAUAGUAACAAACUCUACAGCUACAUUAACAACGAAUGGGUCGAAUACUUCCCUCGCAUGCCAACCAGACGGAGGAGACCUGGAGUUGUGUACGCUAACAACACACUUAUAGUGGCUAGGGGAUCUGAUUCAAUAAUUGUAACUACUAUCGAGAUUUUAAACACUGCUAACAGGCAAUGGUCUGUCGUUGCCUCACUACCUGUGCCAAAUGAUCACCCAUCCUUAACGAUCUGUGGAGACUAUGUGUACAUACACCCACGAACUAAUGAUCAAGAGAAGUAUUCAGUGUACAGAUGCUCAUUAAGACAACUAACUCAGUCUGAGCCAAGCUCAGCUAUAUGGGAGAAGAUUGCCCCUUUGCCAGUUUACUAUUCCUCUCUUGUUACCAUCAAUGGCCACCUGCUGGCAGUGGGUGGGGUGGACUCCAAUAUAGGUAGAUCUAAGGACAUAUAUCAGUACAAUAUGACAUCAUGGAUUGUCGUUAAUCAAAUGUCAACAUCUCGAUCAUCAUGCUCCAUUGCUGCCCUCCCUGAGAGCAAACUGAUGGUGGUGGGAGGAGAUGCUACAAACAGAAAAUGUGAAGUAUUUACUUUUGUAUAGUAUCUAAUUUGUCAUAUUGUAUAGGCUAUACCAAAUAAAAGAUUUGAUCAUUC